UGAAAUUGCUCAAUAGUGUACUGACGUAUUACCCAGGAUGCACCGCGGUCGUCCUCAGUGGUAAACAUGGCGGCCAGGGCACCAGUGGCAACGGGCAGGCUGUUGGUUGGGUUCCGUAAAUGGUAUUACAACCUAUGUGGCUUCAACAAAUUUGGCUUGAUGCGUGAUGACACAAUGUAUGAGGAUGAAGAUGUGAAGGAAGCCCUGAGGAGGCUUCCAGAGACCGUUUACAAUGACAGGAUGUUCAGGAUCAAGAGAGCCCUGGAUCUCUCCAUGAAGCAGUCGAUUCUUCCGAAAGAGCAAUGGACACAAUACGAACAGGAUGUCCAUUACCUGUCACCAUAUCUGGACGAAGUGAUCCGGGAGAGGAAAGAAAAAGAAGAAUGGAUGAAGAAAUAAAACUGUCACAGUUGUUGAUCUCGUCUUCAGGUGGUGCAUGACAUCCCCCGGUGUAAUAUAUAAAGUAAAAUGUAACCUAUUAAAACGUGUAAAUUUUGAA